AUGAGAUGUUACUCGCUGGAAAAAAACUGACUGCGGUCGAAGCUUGUAACUACGGUUUGGUAACAGAAGUUAUUACUCAAGCCGAGUUUGAAAAAGAAAUUAACAACAGAAUGAAAUACAUGGCUGCGUUGCCGCCGAAGUCGCUCUCAUUGUCCAAGAAAUUAUGUCGCUCAGCAGACCUGAAAAAACUUCACGAUGUGAAUAAUAAAGAAUGCGAACUGCUUGCUCAAAGAUGGCUUUCGGAGGAAUGCGCGCAAGCAGUGAUGACUUUUACAACGCAUAUCAAAAAUAUAGUUGAAAUAUUAAGUUGAUUCCUGUUUAUGAAAUCUUCGAUGUAUUUUCUUUCUGUGUAUUUUAUUCAGUUUGAUAAAAACCAUUUACACCAAAGUGUUAAGCGUACAAAAGCACCUGCGCAAAUAUCUACUUGAUGUCACGUGACAAUAUGUUAAUUAAUCACACUUAUUUUUAAA